AUGUAGUGCGUCAACUUUUGUGAAUGAGCGCCAUCUUUGUUUCCCUUGGUACCUUAACGCUUUGUCGCUGUCGCGGUUGCACGUGACUUCAUCAGGAGCGGCACCUGUCGCAACACGCUGUGCUGUGGCCAAGCUCAAUAGCGUGGGCCAGGGGAGCUCCCAACACCUUGAAUAGCCCGCCCCCCUUGCAGCUUCAUGACGGCGCAUUGAACCACUUUGUCUCUCGCACGGCAUCGACAUCGAAUUGGCAGCUUCCCAACCGACGUCCUACCACCAUCUCGUUGACUUGAGAUCUGAUUGCGCAACAUUGGCAUCAUGCUGGUCUCCCUGACCGUCGGCAAGGUCGACGCAGGCGUCACUGUACUGCUGACGCCUGACAAACGCCUGAUUGAGUUCCCGUCCAUCCUCCUGCCGCCUGACAUUUCGUCUGGCUCCAUAGUAGACAUCACCGUUGGCCAGAACACCGCCAAAGAGUCCGCCGCGCAAGCUUCCUUCCGCGCCCUCCAAGACCAGAUCUACGCCGCCUUUGGCGCGACCGAGCCGUCCGUCCCCGUCCUGCGCUGCCGCAAUGCCACACAGACCUCUGUUGUCCUGGAAUGGGACCCCAUACAGCUGGCGACAGCCGACCUCAUCUCGCUCAGCCUGCAUCGCAACGGGCAGAAGGCGGGCAACAUCCCGAGGCCCAUGGAGAUGCACAGCACCAAGAUCAGCGGACUCGCCGUCGACACGGAGUACGUCUUCCACCUGGUACUGAGAACAACGGCCGGCACGUCCUCGAGCGAGAAGGUACAUGUGCGGACGCACAAGAUGACUGAUCUAAGCGGCAUCACUAUCACUACAGGCGUCAUGCCUGCCUCCACGAAGGAGAAGCUGCAGGGCGCCGUGGAGCGCAUGGGCGCCAAGAUUGUGGACGGGGUGCGCAUUGAUACUACGCAUUUCGUCACGACAGAGGGCAGGGGGCAGGCGUGGGAGAAGGCUGUCGAAACGAAUAUCCCAGUCGUCAGGCCCGAGUGGGUGGACGCCUGCGAGAAGAAUGGGAGAAUUCUGGGUGUCACGAAAUUCUACCUGGACGCGAUGAGGCCUGGACCCCCAAGCGACGACACCCCAGCAGCCGCGACACCACCACCUCCUCCCGCGCCGGAAACUGUGGAGGAGAAACGCGAGCCUGAAGCCGAGCCACCGACACCGACGGAGCAGUUACCGAAUCCGAAUGUGGAGGAGAAGCCUCUCCCCGCAACCAAGGACGACGAUGACUCGGAGGAAGAUGACGACGCAGACGCCACGGAGGAAGCACAGCCAGAGCAGAAGACCAAGGCCGCCGAGCCGGAGCCGAAAUCGCGGACAGAGCCAGAACAGGAGGAGCAGAAGGUGCGGUUAGAAGACAAAGAAGAGCACCAGGUCGCGAUGCGGCCGAAAGCGACGGAGAAGGACGAGGGGGCCAGCGCGAAAGGCGAGGCGGCUGAGAAUGGCGUGGAGGACACCGAGGAGAAAGAGGACGGCGACAGCGCAGCAAAGCCUGCCACGACGCCAGAUGGCGCCUCGUUCCAGGAGAUUUCAUUGUAGAUAACGGCCUGACUGUACUAGACACACGGGGUUCAGGCGUUCUCGGGGUGUGUGUGGAAUGAACGGGUAGA